GAGGGCGCGCGCGCUUGUACCUGCCUUCGUGUGUAGCUUACCUGCGUGCUUCCUUGCAUCCUUUAUCAAUCAUAGACUGUAAAUACAGGCCAUAUCAUCAAGAUUGACUGUGUAUUGCACCGUGUGGCGUGUGUUGCUUUAAAGGGGGCGUUCGGCCGCAUAUUCACAAUCGGCCAGAGUGUAAACUGAAGAGAGGCUCAUUUGAAGCAAAUAGCUGUCUUUGUGCAAUUGAAUCAACAGCAACAGUGGGGCGCAAUGGGAGAGGCCGAGACGCGCCAUAAAUUGCUGCGCAAUGUGAAGAAAGAGGUGAAACAGAUCAUGGAAGAGGCAGUGACUCGGAAGUUUGUGCAUGCAGACAGCAGCCAUAUAAUAUCCUUCUGUGCUGUAGUGGAGGCAUGUGUGCUCCAUGGGCUGAAGAGGCGAGCAGCGGGCCUCCUGUGCAGUAAUAAGGUAGCAGCACUCUUCAUGAAGGUGGGGAAGAGCUUCACCCCGGUGGAGGAACUGUGUCAAAAGGUCCAAGAACUAGAGCAGCUCAUCGAGACCAACAGACAGGCUCAACUAAAUAAUGUCAGUGUUCCGAAACAACCCAGGGUGACCAACCUCCCCCCCCAGGGCUUGAGGAACCUGUGGAUCCGCACUGCUCUCAUGGAGAAGCUGCUGGACAAGAUUGUCAUGUACCUAGUGGAGAACAGCAGUACUUUCUAUGACAGGGAGGCCAUUCUAAUGGAUGCUGUGGAUGGACCAAUCCUUGCCUCUCUGUUAGUCGGCCCCUGUGCUCUGGAGUACACUAAGGUGAAGACAGCCGACCACUUCUGGACAGACCCAUCUGCUGAUGAGCUAGUCCAGAGACACCGCAUCCACAGUGGCCACUGUCGCCAGGACUCCCCCUCCAGGCGACCUGCCCUGAUCCAGAAGAGGCAGUCCAGUGGCAGUAUGGAGGACCGGCCCAUCCUGUGGGCUAGGGACUAUGUUGAGUCCCUCCAUCAGAACAACAGGGCUACACUGCUGUUUGGCAAGAACAACGUCCUGGUGCAGCCGAGGGAUGACAUGGAGGCUAUUCCAGGGUACCUGUCUCUCCACCAGACUGCAGAUCUCAUGACCCUGAAAUGGACGCCCAACCAGCUCAUGAAUGGCACUGUGGCAGAUGAUACUGAAAAAAGUGUUUACUGGGACUUUGCCAUGACUAUUCGCCUGGCGGAGAUUGUUUAUCUGCACUGCCAUCAGCAAGUGGACAGUGGUGGGACAGUGGUUCUGGUGAGUCAGGAUGGGAUCCAGAGGCCUCCACUGCGGUUCCCCCGGGGAGGACACCUGCUCCAGUUCCUGACCUGCCUGGAGACGGGCUUGCUGCCACACGGACAACUGGAUCCCCCGCUCUGGUCCCAGAGGGGAAAGGGAAAGGUUUUCCCUAAAUUGCGGAAGAGGAGUCCGCAGGGCUCUGUGGAGUCUGUGUCGGAUAAAGAAGAGGACGAGGCCACUGACUAUGUCUUUCGGAUCCUGCUUCCUGGUACUCCGUCAGACUUUGUGGCUCCAGAGCUGAUGGACCAGGCGUUGAACAUGUGGCACCCCACACCCAGGAAGUCCUCCUGUUUCUCCUGCGCUCUCAACGGAUCCCGUGUUGGCUCACUACCCAACGGCUGCAACCAGGACAGGGCUCCCCUGAAACUCCUCUGUGACACCAUGAAGUACCAGAUCAUUUCCCGUGCUUUCUAUGGUUGGCUUGCCUACUGCCGUCACCUGUCCACUGUUCGUAUCCACCUCUCUGCCCUGGUCAACCCCACCAUCGUCGACCCUAACGUGCCUCAUGAUGCCCAGGAAGGACUCACUGUGGAUGUCUGGAGCAGCUUCCUCCAGGACCGCUCUGCAUAUGAUGAGCAUGAGCUUCUGCGUCUGGUGUACUAUGGUGGUGUGGCUCCUACAAUACGCAAGGAGGUCUGGCCAUUCCUGCUGGGACACUACCACUUCGAUAUGACCCAGAAAUGUAGGAUGGAGGUGGAUGAGCAGGUGCGGGCCUGCUAUGAGCAGACUAUGAAAGAGUGGCUGGGCUGUGAGGCCAUCGUAAAGCAGAAAGAGGGGGAGAAGCAUGCUGAAGCCAUAGCCAAGUGCAACUCUGUGGCCAGUGUGGACAGACCAGGACCAGUGCAGAGAGACUCCACCAUCAGCACUGAUUCCUCACAGAGCAUUGGUUCAGACAAACAGAUUGCCCACUCACAGAGUGACUCCAGAAGUAACACACAGGCAUUUUGGUUUGUCGAGGAAGUGGAACUGAUUGAAUCUGAGACUAAGCGAGAGAAAAGCAAAGAGCGGUCCAAAACCCCACUGAAAGACCUCAGAGAUGUAGCCAUCCCAAAUGGUACCUCAGACUCUGGGGACCCAUCCUUCUACAGCUUGUCUGUUGACUCAGGUCUUCCAGAACAGCCUCAAAGCACAAACAACAGCAACAGUCCUGUAUCUGACUCACCAGUCAGACCAGCAGCCACUCAGCCAUCACCAGAGCCAUCAGCGGUCCAAGGAGCUGCAACUAGCCUAGUGGCCAAGGCUGAGCCACCCCCAAUAGAGAGUUCUUUCACUGUCUUGGGAACUGAAGUUGGAUCUGAAGACCUAAAGCUGCCGAUAAGAGUUGACGACAAGGCUGCAUCAGCCGGAGAGUUCAAGGCCCCAGAGCGUGAAGUGGUUGAAAGCUCUAGAUUGGUAGAAAUCGUGAAAACCUCAGAGAAAGUUGAAGAGGGUUCUGACAAAAAAUAUGCAAAGUCCUUAGGAAAUGUUGAAAUGGAAGAAAACAACGUUAUAGCAGAUGGGUUGUCUGAAGUUUCCACCACAGAAGACACAAAGCUCCUUGUGAGAGCAGUGUUUGCAACUGAGAAUACUGAUAUUCUGAAACUAGAAAUGGAGGUUUCUAAUGUAUAUAUUCCAGCUCCGCCACUAGGCGAGGCCACAUUUACUAAAACACAAGAGAACAAAGCCCCAGCGACAGAGCCCUUCUGUUCCAGAGAGCCAUCUGUAACAGAAGGAAAUAAAGAUUCAACAACGAUAAGGGAGGCUGGUAUUGCUGAAAAAGAGGACACAACCACCUCUGAAAUGGAAGAAAUCACAGAAUCUGAAUUUCAAAAAACGCAAACCCCUCCAACCAGCAAGGCUUGUGUUUGUGAGAAAGACAUGGAUAGUACUAAAGAAAAGGUUGCAGAUGUAUUUGUAACCAAACCAUUAGACUCUGUGGAGGCCAAUUUCCCUGAGAAUUACAAUAACAAAGCUGCAGAAAUGACAGCUGCCAUAGAUUCAGAGAAACAUGCACCUGCAUUGCCAGUACUGAAUCCACCCCUGCCUGAGGCCAGGGCCAGUGUUACAGUGACAUCCCACUCUAGGCGAUCUCCUGAUACACUAGAUUCUGAUGACUCGCCCUCCGCCUUAGAGAUGGAGGAUAUUCCCACGGCCUGGGCUAGACCUUUGUCUGGCCUGAUGGCUCCCCCAGCUGCCCCCUUGGCCCUGGGGAGAGUUGGCUCAGGGGAGCCUGUCCUGGAUGCACCCUCCAACACCAGUCCUGAUGGAACAGAGCUAGCCCUGUCUGAGGAGGAGCCUGAGAUGGAAAGUCUCUACACUCAGUCUGACUCUGUGGUUGAGACAGAGGAACUCAAACCUGAUGUCUCACCAGUGGCAGUGUCCCCAGCAGGGACUACCUAUUCUCAAGAGCAGCUGGAUUUGUACUUGCUCAACCUGCAUCGCAUUGAUAAGGACGUGAGGCGCUGUGACAGAUCCUACUGGUACUUUACUCCUGCUAACCUGGAGAAACUACGCAACAUAAUGUGCAGUUAUGUAUGGCAGCAUCUGGAGAUUGGCUAUGUCCAGGGCAUGUGUGAUCUGCUGGCUCCUUUACUGGUCAUUCUGGAUGACGAGGUCAUAGCGUUCAGCUGCUUCUCUGAGUUGAUGAAAAGGAUGAAUCACAACUUCCCCCAUGGAGGGGCCAUGGACUCACACUUUGCCAACAUGCGCUCCCUCAUCCAGAUCCUUGAUGCAGAGCUCUUUGAAGUGAUGCAGAUGAAUGGAGACUACACUCACUUCUACUUCUGCUACCGCUGGUUCCUGCUAGACUUCAAACGAGAGAUGGUGUAUGAUGAUGUGUUCUCCGUGUGGGAGACCAUCUGGGCGGCCACGUAUACCUCCUCCACUCAUUUUGUCCUCUUCAUCGCUCUGGCACUGGUGGAGAUGUACCGAGACAUCAUCCUGGAGAACAACAUGGACUUCACUGACAUCAUCAAGUUCUUCAACGAAAUGGCCGAACAUCACAACGUCCCGCAGGUCCUAACGAUGGCUCGAGACUUGGUCCUCAAAGUGCAGACUCUCAUAGAAAACAAGUAAUCCACCAUGUGUCUGUUCCUUUCCCUUUCACUCAGUGUGCAACAUUUUGACAAUGUGUUCACUUGUAUUUGUAUGAAAGCUAAAAAAAAAAAUAUUCUGUAUUUCAAAAUCAUGCUUCUAAAUAAUUAUUUAUAUUCCUGAAAUCAUCAGGUGACCCAUACUGAAAAUAUACUCACACUACAAUAAUUGCACAACACAAUAUUUCUGUGUCUCUAAAAGCACUUUCCUAUGUUCAGGUAAUUAACAUUAUAAUCAAUACGUUUGAAUAAAUGUAAUUGUUCACUUAGUGAAUGUACCCUUUUAAAAACAAAAACUCUUUUGCAUAUUGCUUCAGGAUGUUUUUGUAUUUGUUUUGCCUUAAAUUUAGCUAUUUUGUGCAGGGAUAUUCUCAAUAUGAUUACCAAAUUAGAUAUUGUUUGUACAUUGCCAUCAUGCACUUCCCAUCAGUUAGAACCAUUCACAGAGUAGAGGUGCAGCCCUCCAACAUGGUAGCCAGUAUUUUUGUAUUAGUGCUUAAAUCGGUCUCUUCAUUAUAUAUUCACCUGGCUAAAUGUCUGUGUGUAUUGCUGUGGUACUGUAAUGUUAACUGUAAAAGUAUUUGUAACACAAAGGCUAAUGUUCAAAGUAUCUGUGAGCAUAACAAUGGAGCUAAAUUGUUUCAUAUCAUAUAUGUACACACGUCAGCUACUGUACAUAUGAUCAGAAAUGUACACACGUCAGCUACGGUAUAUGUGAUCAGAUAUGUACACAUGUCAGCUACUGUACAUGUGAUCAGAUAUGUACACACGUCAGCUACUGUACACGUGAUCAGAUAUGUACACAUGUCAGCUACUGUACAUGUGAUCAGAUAUGUACACACGUCAGCUACUGUACACGUGAUCAGAUAUGUACACAUGCCAGCUACUGUACACGUGAUCAGAUAUGUACACACAUCAGCUACUGUACAUGUGAUCAGAUAUGUACACACGUCAGCUACUGUACAGGUGAUCAGAUAUGUACACACGUCAGCUACUGUACAUAUGAUCAGAUAUGUACACACGUCAGCUACGGUAUAUGUGAUCAGAUAUGUACACAUGUCAGCUACUGUACAUGUGAUCAGAUAUGUACACACAUCAGCUACUGUACAUAUGAUCAGAAAUGUACACACGUCAGCUACGGUAUAUGUGAUCAGAUAUGUACACACGCCAGCUACUGUACACGUGAUCAGAUAUGUACACACAUCAGCUACUGUACAUGUGAUCAGAUAUGUACACACGUCAGCUACUGUACAUGUGAUCAGAUAUGUACACACGUCAGUUACUGUACAUGUGAUCAGAUAUGUACAUGUGAUCAGAUAUGUACACACAUCAGCUACUGUACCUGUGAUCAUAUAUGAACACACGUCAGCUACUGUACAUGUGAUCAGAUAUGUACACACGUCAGCUACUGUACAUGUGAUCAGAUAUGUACACAUGUCAGCUACUGUACAUGUGAUUAGAUAUGUACACACGUCAGCUACUGUACCUGUGAUCAUAUAUGUACACGUCAGCUGCUGUACAUGUGAUCAGAUAUGUACACACGUCAGCUACUGUACAUCUGAUCAGAUAUGUACACACAUCAGCUACUGUACAUGUGAUCAGAUAUGUACACACAUCAGCUACUGUACAUGUGAUCAGAUAUGUACACACGUCAACUACUGUACAUGUGAUCAGAUAUAUACACACAUCAGCUACUGUACAUCUGAUCAGAUAUGUACACACGUCAGCUACUGUACAUGUGAUCAGAUGUACACACAUCAGCUACUGUACAUGUGAUCAGAUAUGUACACACGUCAGCUACUGUACAUGUGAUCAGAUAUGUACACACAUCAGCUACUGUACAUGUGAUCAGAUAUGUACACACGUCAGCUACUGUACAUGUGAUCAGAUAUGUACACACGUCAGCUACUGUACAUGUGAUCAGAUAUGUACACACGUCAGCUACUGUACAUGUGAUCAGAUAUGUACACACGUCAGCUACGAUAUAUGUGAUCAGAUAUGUACACACGUCAGCUACUGUACAUGUGAUCAGAUAUGUACACAUGUCAGCUACUGUACAUGUGAUCAGAUAUGUACACACGUCAGCUACUGUACAUGUGAUCAGAUAUGUACACACAUCAGCUACUGUACAUGUGAUCAGAUAUGUACACACGUCAGCUACGGUAUAUGUGAUCAGAUAUGUACACACGUCAGCUACUGUACAUGUGAUCAGAUAUGUACACAUGUCAGCUACUGUACAUGUGAUCAGAUAUGUACACACGCCAGCUACUGUACAUGUGAUCAGAUAUGUACACACGCCAGCUAUGUGAUCAGAUAUGUACACACGUCAGCUACUGUACAUGUGAUCAGAUAUGUACACACGCCAGCUACUGUACAUGUGAUCAGAUAUGUACACACGUCAGCUACUGUACAUGUGAUCAGAUAUGUACACACGCCAGCUACUGUACAUGUGAUCAGAUAUGUACACACGUCAGCUACUGUACAUGUGAUCAGAUAUGUACACAUGUCAGCUACGGUAUAUGUGAUCAGAUAUGUACACACGUCAACUACUGUACAUUUGAUUUGUCGCAUGACAAUAAAAAUAAAUAAACCGUCAAACAUAUAUGAGCAAAGGAGAAAAAUACAAAUAUUUUUUAUAUGUAUUCUUGAACUGUUUAUUGUUGUUAUUACUUUGCUGUGUAUUAAACAAUCCGUAUAUUUUGGAUUCAGCAUUGUGU